GCCGGAUUUGCCGAUGUUGCCGCCGACGCCGGAUAAUGGAACGCGCGUUGCCGGCAAGCAAUUGCGGUCACGCAUUUUACCAUUGCCGAUUCAGAAACAAUAUGGCGUCGUGUCAUCGAGAGGAGGUUUACAGAUACUACAAAACGGCGAUUUCUUCCUUAGACUCUGAUAAACUACAACGUCAGUGCAUAAAAAUUAAUUACGGAGAACACCCACCAACAAAUAACAGGAUAAGUAUCCGUUUAUAGUUAAUUCUAUAUGAUUUUUUUAAUUGAACAUGUAAAGUACAACUACUCCGAAUUUUCUCCACACAUAUAGAAUAAACAGUUAUUUAUGUACAUCCUUUUGUAAUUAAACGCAAACUGCAUGAUAAGUAUUCCCACCUUUUUACGUCAUAUUUGACUGCUUAUUGCGUCAUAUCACCUGUCUGGAUAAAGAAUAUAGUCUUUUACUUUUUAUCUGUCUGUUGACGAUGGCCUCUCUUGAGCUUCUGCAUUGCCCUGGAUGCAAUUCGUUAUUUUUAUCAUUAUCUCACUUUAAUCAGCAUAAUUGCCAAGUAAAUUCGCCAGUACAACCCCUCAUUCUUAAGGACAACAUGACCACUGUGUACAGGGAAGAAGAACCACAUCAUGGACAGGGGGCUGCUUGUCAGCCAGUACACAAAGCUGCAACAAGCACUGUUGCAAUUGUACAUGCAGGUGAAGAAAAUGAAACAACUGUCACAGAACUUUCCCCUGCCACACCUGUGCAAGAUGUAAAGCAGACAUGGACCAACUGUCUUACCAAAGGCCUCAUCAAUUUUAGAGGUGAGUUGGAUGCAGAGUUUGCGUCGAAAAAGAAAACCCAUAAAGCAUUAUGGAAAGAAAUUGCUGAUAAAAUGAAGAACGAGUAUGGGUUUACUGGUGACUGGCUUCAGUGCCAGUCAAAAUUUAACAAGCUUACUGCCAAAUACAAGGCUGUAGAGGAUGCUAACAAGAAGUCUGGGGAGAGACGGAGAUCCAUGGAAUUUCACAAAGAAAUGAUGGAAGUUAUGGGUGAUGAUCCAAAAAUAACGCCAUUGAAAACAGUAUCUGUAGGUGUGAGUAAGGGUGUAAGUAUAAUUACUAGUGAGAAGGGGGAGAAAGAGGAGGGGCAUGAGAAGGUGAGUGGUAAAGUAGGGUGUGAGAAAGUGAAGAAAGUGUCUAAGCGUAAGAGGGAGGAUGAGUUGAUAGAUUUGUUGACUGAGGUGAGGGAUGACAGGAGAAAGUUUCAGGAGGAGCAGAUCAGAGUAAAUGAAAGAAAGCUGGUGCUUAUGGAGAGAUUAGUGUCUUUGCUUGAAAAUUAAGUAUGUGUUUUCUCUUCUGAUAUCAGAGAUCAAAUUAGUAAGUGCAUGUCACUAAGACCAGACCAAAGUCAAUUUUUAUUUGGAUUUUUAAUAUUUUGUGUUUUGAUUUAAUAUUAUAUUUGUUUGGAAAUUUGCUAUUUUGUCAAACAUCUUAAUUCAAAAUUUUGCUUAAAUUGUUUCAAUUUCAAAAUUAUUUCAAAAGAUAAUUUUAACUGAAGGUAAUAUAUUCUUAGUUUAUGGUCUAUGGCCCUACGGAGAAUGUUUAUCUCACAUACUUUUUCAAAACAAUGCAAUUCUGUAGAAUACAUGUAUUCCAAAAAAAAAACCCAAUUAAAAUUUUGUUUUUUUGUUAAAAUAAUUGAAAGAACCAUUCGCAUAUAUUUUUUUGUUACUUGUACUCUGACCAUCAUUUUUCAAGGUGGUAUAGUAGAUAGUUUUGUUGUUUUUUUUUCUUUUUAAGUUAUGUUAGAAAAUUAUUUUAAAACAAACAGACUAAGAACAGGUGUAAAUAUUGAUGUGAAUUUAUUAUUAGUUGUUGAUUGAACUUU